AUUUUCGUAAAAAGGUUAAGAAUGAAUCAAGUUCUGGUGGCUCUACUAGUUUCUAGCCUGUUGGCUUUGAGUGAGUCUCGCUUUGCGAAAGUUAACAUCAAUCUGGGACUAACUGUGGCCGAUGAUUCCCCCAAACCGCUUACCGAGGACAUGAUCCGACUCUGCGGCGAGGAGACGGAUCUAUCUCUCCGGGAGCUGAGCAAGUUCCAGCAGCAGGACUUCUCUAGUCCCUCGGAGUCCAUCCAGUGCUUCACUCACUGUCUGUACGAGCAGAUGGGUCUCAUGCACGACGGUGUCUUUGUGGAGCGCGACUUCCUUGGCCUCCUGUCGGAAGCCAGUAAUCCGGACCACUGGCCGGAGCGACACUGCCACAUGAUUCGUGGCAAUAACAAGUGCGAGACUGCCUUCAAAAUCCACAUGUGCCGCCAGCUCCUGAAGCAGGCCAACAAGGACGUGGAGGUCACUACCCCAGCCCAGUCAGAUGUCCAGUUGCCUUAGGUUUUUUUUCCAUUAUUCAAAAGCUAUACAUGGUGGUGGUAAUCAGGGUUUCAAACAAAACGAAGCAUUAUAUUAUAUUAUAUUAUUGUUGGUUGAAAGA